GAGUCUCAUUGCGCCUGCGUGAUCCACGCUGAGACUACGCACCCACCUGUGUGCACACAUAGCCGUCGUCUAGUGUAUAAAUACUAAUAUAGAUCGACUUGAUAUAAUUAAAUACAUUCACACACCCGCACGAAACUAGCUUGGACUGCACAUUUUGUUUUUUUUAAUUCAGACCAGAUGUGGCAUUCGUUGGUCGCGUGAUGUCCAGCUGACAAGCAUCGAGUCGUCGUGAGCUCUUGCGAGAGACGGUGCCGAAAGAUCGCCCCAAAAAGAAAGAAAAACAUCCGAGUGCAGGAGUUUCCCAAUUUCCACUCGUCACUUAUGCUCAAUACGCAAGCGCUCAGAUGCUGUUCAACCAGAGGCAGCUGGGGAGCGGUGGAGCAGGCGGCGGAGGUCGCUGCAAAUCGAGGGGCGCACGCAGACCGCUCAGGAUGCAAGGGUGCAGCAGUAGCAGCAGCAGCAACAACAACGGCAGUAAGCAGGGAGGAUACACCAACGAGUCGUUCGUCUUCGAUGACGGCUACAGGGAUGACAACUGCGACGAGAGCUUGCGUAGGUACUCGCUGAGGUCCGAUGAAGAGACGGGCGGCGAGGCGGCUUUGCGGCUCCCUCGGGCAUCCGCAUCCUCAUCAUCCCUCCUAGCGUCGGCGGCUGCAGCGGGAUCAUCAUCAUCAUCAUCGCCUGCAGCAGCGCCUACAGAGUCAUCCUCACCGCUGGCCCCGCCGUCUGUGAUCGAGCACGCACCUUCCACGUCCUCAUCGUCCAAAGCGCCAAUAAGGCGGAAAGAGCGACUGCCCCCGGGUUCACUGCCGGCGCCGUCGGCCAAGUCAGUGUCGAUAUUGGUGCCGCCGCAAUCGCCACCGCUAGCGCACGAGCAGCGGCAGUAUCAUCAUCAACGUCGCCAUCGGCAUCAGCAUCGUCAGCAGCAGCAGCAGGAGCAGCAGGAAGCGCCGCUACCGAGUGCCGCAGCCCCGCUCGCAGUGCCGGACGCCGGGCUGCUUCUCUCGCCUGACAGCCUCGGAAUGAGCGCGCCCGACAGCGGCGUGCCGCCCCUUCAUCCGCGCUACCGCCUCCGCGACCUCCUGCUCGGUGACCCGUCCUGGCAGGGGGAUGACCGGGUGCAGGUGGAAUUUUACGUCGACGAGCAAAUGGUGAAGGAGCGACUCAAGCUUUUCUUCAUCAAAAACCAAAGAUCAAGUUUGAGAAUUCGCCUCUUCACGCUUGCCCUCAAGUUCAUCUCCUGCAUCCUGUACAUGGUGCGCGUGGGGCUGGACAAUCCGCACCAGGACAGAGAUGAGCACCAGGAAAGCGACUGCCUGCACGGCCUGAAAGGAAACAACACAUCACGACAACCGGAAAACAUUGAUUGGACAUCCAUUAUAUGGGUCAACAGAAGUACUCCGCUAUGGGCCUGUCAGGUGUUCCUGGCGAUCAUCAGCUUCACGGAGACUUUGCUUCUAAUGUACCUCAAUUACAAGGGAAACAUCUGGGAGCAAAUCCUUCACAUCUCAUUUAUCCUGGAGCUCACGACCUCCGUCCCAUUCAUCAUCACGAUUUUUUGGGCAAACCUUCGGAACAUUUUCAUCCCAGUUUUUCUCAACUGCUGGCUGGCGAAGAUUGCCCUUCAGAACCUAAUAAAUGACCUGCACAGAGCCAUCCAGAGGACGCAGUCAGCAAUGUUUAACCAGGUGCUCAUCCUGAUCUGCACACUGUUCUGCCUCAUGUUCACAUUCAUCUGCGGCUUCCAGCAUCUGGAGAGAGCGGCCGAGAAUAUUUCCCUCUUCCGGUCGCUCUACUUCUGCAUCGUCACCUUCUCCACCGUGGGAUUUGGUGACGUGCUGCCCAAGAUCUGGCCGUCCCAGCUGCUUGUGGUCAUCAUGAUCUGCGUGGCGCUCAUGGUACUGCCCGUGCAGUUCGAAGAGCUGGUCUACCUGUAUAUGGAGCGGCAGAAGUCCGGCGGCAACUACAGCCGCUACAGAGCGCAGACGGAGAAGCACGUCGUGCUCUGCGUGAGCUCGCUCAAGCUCGACCUCCUCAUGGACUUCCUCAACGAGUUCUACGCUCACCCUCGUCUGCAGGACUUCUACACGGUGAUCCUGUGCCCCACGGACAUGGACUCGCAGGUGCGCCGCAUGCUGCACGUGCCGCUGUGGGCUCAGCGCGUCAUCUACCUGCAGGGCUCAGCUCUCAAGGACCAGGACCUCGUGCGAGUCAAGAUCGAUGAUGCUGAGGCGUGCUUCAUCCUGACCAGCAGGAAUGAGGUGGACCGCACUGCAGCGGAUCAUCAGACAAUCCUGCGAGCUUGGGCCGUCAAAGACUUUGCUCCAAGCUGCCCUCUCUACGUGCAGAUCCUAAAGCCUGAAAAUAAGUUCCACGUAAAGUUUGCAGACCACGUAGUGUGCGAGGAAGAGUUCAAGUACGCCAUGUUGGCGCUCAACUGCGUCUGCCCAGCAACGUCCACCCUCAUCACCCUGUUGGUCCACACCUCCCGCGGCCAGGAGGGUCAAGAGUCCCCUGAGCAGUGGCAGAGGAUGUAUGGCCGCUGCUCGGGCAACGAAAUAUACCACAUCCGGCUCGGGGAGAGCAAGUUCUUCGGGGAGUACGAGGGCAAGAGUUUCACGUUCGCGGCGUUCCACUCCCACAAGAAGUACGGCGUGUGCCUGAUUGGCGUGCGACAAGAGGACAAGCGAAGCAUGCUGCUGAACCCGGGCCCCCGGCACAUCAUGGCCACCUCCGACACGUGCUUCUACAUCAACAUCACCAAGGAGGAGAACUCGGCCUUCAUCUUCAAGCAGCACGAGCAGCAGAAGAAAGGCCUCUCCAACGGAUCGGCUACCAGAGGCGCUCGCAUUCCCGUGCAGAGCAUCCUCGCCUCCCUGGGCUCGGUGGCGAUGGACUUGCACGGCACGGAGCCCAGCCAGGCGGCCCCUCCGGCCGACGUGCACGUUACAGCCGCCCCGGCGAGCGAGGCGGGGGCGGGCAGGAGCCUCUCGCUGCCCGCGGAGCGAUCGGGCACCGGCAGACGGCCCAGCAUUGCCCCCGUGCUGGAGGUCGCUGACCCUGUGCUGGAGGCCGAGCCCUCUGACCCCUUCAACGACCCCUCGGAGGAUGAAGCGAACCAGUCGGACGAGGAAGGCACCGUCAACUUUGACCGGGUAAAAGGUUACCCACCCAACUCCCCGUACAUUGGCAGCUCUCCCACGCUGUGCCAUCUGCUGAGGAAGAGGGCUCCGUUCUGUUGCCUUCGGUUGGAUAAGGGCUGCGAACACUACAGCUACGAGGAUGCCAAGGCCUACAGCUUCAAGAACAAGCUGAUCAUUGUGUCGGCGGAGACGGCGGGCAACGGCCUCUACACGUUCAUCGUGCCACUGCGGGCCUACUACCGACCCCACAGGGAGCUCAAUCCCAUCGUGCUGCUGCUCGACAACCCACCUGACUGCCACUUUCUGGAGGCUAUUUGCUGUUUUCCCAUGGUGUACUACAUGGUCGGAUCCAUCGACAACCUGGACAACCUGCUGCAGUGCGGCAUCAUCUACGCGGACAACGUGGUGGUGGUGGACAAGGAGAGCACCAUGAGCGCCGAGGAGGACUACAUGGCAGACGCCAAGACCAUCGUCAACGUGCAGACAAUGUUCAGGCUGUUCUCCAGUCUCAGCAUCAUCACAGAACUCACGCACCCGGCCAACAUGCGCUUCAUGCAGUUUCGAGCCAAGGACUGCUACUCACUCGCUCUCUCCAAACUAGAGAAGGAGGAGCGGGAGAAAGGCUCCAACUUGGCCUUCAUGUUCCGACUGCCCUUUGCCGCCGGGCGAGUGUUCAGCGUCAGCAUGCUCGACACGCUGCUCUACCAGUCGUUUGUCAAGGACUACAUGAUCCCCAUCACAAGGCUUCUUCUGGGUCUGGACACUACGCCAGGGUCCGGCUACCUGUGCGCAAUGAAGGUGAAUGAAGAGGACCUGUGGAUCCGUACGUAUGGACGACUCUAUCAGAAGCUCUGCUCAUCCACGGGCGAAAUCCCGAUCGGAAUUUACCGCACAGAGGCCCAUGCUUUCAACCCCUCCGAGUCCCAGGUCUCCAUCGGCAUCCCGGAGGCGGACGAGGUGGCGCGCGAGAGCCACGACUACGUGAGCCGCGCGGGCUCCGUGCAGGGCUCCGCCCCGGACCCCUCCGAGCACCUGCUGCUGCGGCACAAGACCAUGCACUGGGCCCGUCGCUUCAGCCGCAAGGGGGGAGGCCGCGCGGGCAGGGGCGGCAGCGGGCGCAAGGCGGCGGCGGAGAACAUCGGGCGGCAGCGGCGCACGCUCUACCAGCGCACGGAGCGGCAGGAGCUGUCGGAGCUCGUGAAGAACCGCAUGAAGCACCUCGGGCUGUCCACGACGGGAUACGAGGAUAUUGUUAAUAUAACUGCCUCUGAUGUGAUGAAUCGUGUAAACCUGGGAUACCUGAAAGAUGAGAUCAACGACCAGCAGAACACGCUGUCAUACGUGCUCAUCAACCCCCCUCCCGACGUGAGGCUGGAACUAAACGACAUCGUCUACCUGAUCCGGCCGGACCCCCUGGCGAACGUGUCGAGCAGCACGGGCUCGUGCAGCAACAGAGACGACAUCAACGCCCAGAUGGACGGAGGCCUCGGCUUCAGGGAUGAGACGAAGCUGUAGGCGUAAGAGCCUCCAGCACCCACCCCCCCCAACUCCACGACCCCCACGUUGCCACGUGGGGGGAUUCAACAUCAUUGACGCGGCACUAUUUAUUUUGUAAAAAGGUUCUGGGAGACACAAGCAUUCGCUGGGAAGGUGCAUGGCACCCUAACUCUGUGUGUGUGUGUGUGUGCGUCAUGUGGGGCCCCUCUUUGAGUGUGGGCCGUACAUGAUGUGGGCAGUUUGGUGGGAUGCGUCUGGGUGCACCAGACACACUCUGUUCAGUUGUCCUUCCCCCGCACCUCCGAUUAGCAUGAUUGCCUACGCACGGUGUGAAAGAAGUUCAACAUACAUACAUGACACCACGCGAGACAGCUGGAGAAACAAAAAAACGAGACCUGUUAGGAGCUAGUAUUAGCUACAUCCUUGCUUUGUGCGGAUAAAAAACAACAACAUUGCUGUGUAGGCAUUCACGGCCGUGCUGCAUGGGUCUCCGGUGUGUUUUUGAGUUCGGCGUCUUGUUCGACAUCGAUCCCUGUCUGACAUUUCGCUCCACGCAAGAGCUUCAUCAGUUCAACUCGUUGAAGAAGCCCUCGGCGUGUGUUGAGCGAACUGCCAGUCAGCACGUGGUACAAACCAAAAGCACAUCGGGAGAUAUAGAGGAAAAACGAAACAAAUAACUUAAUUUGCAUUGCGCGGUAGAAAAGUGUACACACUAUACCCCUGACUGUAUGCUGUUUAGAGGAAAAUCCACACACACACUUAAAGCAUAUUUUAAUUUAAUUUAAAACGUCAAAAAAAUAGAUACGUAUAUAAAAUCACUCAGCGUGGGUAUAUUUUGUUUACACAGCUUCUGUGGGACUCUGCCCUGGUUAUUGAAAGCGUGCACGUAAUAAUGAUUGGCGUCUGUGUCUGCCGUACAACACAGGGUGCGACUGCCCCCUCCUGCAGUCUAGAGAUAUUACUACCACUGUGUAUUGCCAUUGAGAAAAUUCAGUUCCCAUAGGCUGUGAAAUUGUGGCAAAUGUUUACAGCAUGAACGAGGAGGUACUGCAAACCGCACAAACGAUACUACUGUCCGUAACUUCUGCUUGUGUUAAUGAGUCACAUUAUUGUCCCAAAGAUGAAUGGCAAAUAUAAGCAGUGCCCCAAAUAUAAAUGUAAGUAAAGUAUCCUGUACACAAAUCAUUAUUUGGUCAUUAAACAUGCAGGUGGUCAAUGCGUGACAGAUUUCAAACUUACCAUGAAGUCUGCUUGGUUCUUUCGGUAAAGUCACGUAGAAGGGAAAUAAUAAAAUAAUAAAAAUAAAAUAUAAAAUAAAAUUCUCACGACGUUUCGGCCACAACGCAAGCAGCCGUCCUCAGGCGAAGAACAGGGCUGUCGGAAAGACAGUGUAAUGUAGGCCAGCUGGGCUAUCCGAUUAUUUCAAUAUUCGACUACUCCACAGAUUAUCAGUUGCAUUACUCGACUAAUCUGACAACAUGAAUGUCGUAUAAACGGGUGAGCGUUGGUGGUUUGCUGCCUUCGGGAGUCAGGAUGUGGGGGCGGACACGAAUUUAAAACGGGCACCGAACAAUUCACCAGAAAAAAAGUAGUUGCUUAAAGCGUCAGUCGAUUAUAAUCAACUCUUCGACGAAUUGUCCCCAGCUUCAUAACGUAGCAUAAAUUCAAUUCCUACGAACGCCAAGGCACACACGUUUCUGCUACAGUAGCCAAAGGAGUGUUCAUAACGGCUGCCUGGUAUGACGGCGAGAAAGGGGGGGCUUUUGUCCCUGGAGGAAUGUGGCAGCGACUCUUGUGUGACUAGAGCCCAUCACUGGACAGCCUCUCAAGGCCCCGUGGCCAAUUAAACGUACGUUUAAUUUCAAUGAGUACAACCUUAUCUUUGUGCUCGCGCCAAUCCGUACGGGCAAUUUCUGUAUACAUAUUUUUUGGGAAUCCUCACAAAAAAACUAAUGUUUGUCUUCUGAACCAGCGCACGCUUCCGCUGUAUAAAGUUGCACUCAAUUUUAUCCAGAUCACCCGAGCAUGGGCUUAACCCCAUUUUAUUGUCAAUAUUAACCUUGCUGGUGUCACCAAUUUCAAUGUCGAAGAGUCAACAGCAUUUCAAAUUGGCAAUUAGUCAAGCUAUAAGGUCAUGAAUACACUUGAUGCCUCCAUGAAUAAUGUGGAGAAGCGAAUAGUGGACUCUGUUUAUUAUAAUUUUACACUACGGUGCACUUAAUUUAAUUCAGGUGCGGUCUUUUCUUCACUCAUAUUUCCACGUGAGGUGUAAACAUAAUGCAGUUAGCCUUGGCUAGCGGGAGAUAGAAAUGUACUCCGCAUGGCAUAUAUUGACUUGCUUGUGCAAUGGCCAGCAUGGGGUUUGCAUACAAAUCAUAUCGUCGUGCCGAGUAAAUUGCUGUGUACUAUACAACACAGACAUUGUUUUUGAGCAUUAGUUUCAAAUAUUUUAAUACACCGCAGCAUACACAUUACAACUUGGCUUCUAUGAAUUGCAAAAAGCUUUGUACUAAGAGAUUAAGCGUAAACAAAUCUCAAUUUCAUUGCCUGCUACAGUUUCAAAUAGACAAUGCAAUCAAAUGCAUUUUGUUAGGUACAGUAAUAAAAUGUGAUUUUCUUUAAAUUAAUAUUUUACGUUUAUUUUUGUGUCGCAGCCAAAUGUUGAUGUUUCGGGAUUUGACAGGGCAUUAUCAACAUACACAUGCAAAUAAUACAGAAAAUUAUCCUGGCUCCAUUGCAUUCACUCCCAGGUGGAGCACCCCCACUGUUUAGGGAUUGAGCAUUUCAGCUCUUGAGCACAGCAGGGAAUAGAGGCAAUGAUUAUAUCCAUUAAGCUACUUUGUCAAUAAACUAUCCAUCCACUCAGUGGAAUUAUCUUUUUUUUUAAGUCCACACCUGCAGAGCAGCUGCUCUCACGAUUUGAGUAACAGUGUGGAGUGAACCCCCGAAACUCUUAAUAAGCACAUUGGAAGUGAGCCGUGUGGCUCAAAGGUCGGAGCGCUGAGCUGGUACUGCUGACAUCUGGGCAGUCACUUGUGAUUGAAUCGGGUUCUCUCUCAAGUGUUGGGAGUUGAUGGGUUCAGCCUGGUCAAUAAUGAUUCUAGAUUUGAAGUUUUCGUGACUGCAAGGAUUCAUACUCUGUGUUUUUUUCGGUAAAGUCACGUAGGUAAAAAAAUAAGUAAAUGAAAAACAACUAAAUUAAAUCACGACGUUUCGGAGGCAACACAAGCUUCCGUCUUCAGGUGGAACUAUUACAGUGAUUUUGGCUGCAAUGGUUUCACCUGAAGACGGAAGCUUGUAUUGCCUCUGAAACGUCGUGAUUUAAUUUAGUUGUUUUUCAUUUAUUAAUUUUCUUACCUACGUGACUUUACCGAAAAAAACAAAGAGUAUGGUCAAUAAUGACUUUUAAAAAAACCUCACCAUACAACAUUUGAUUCUGCACUCAAUUGUGCCAGUUUCCAGAUUGGAGAAUUAAACAUCAGUUUGACUUUGAUACUCUGUAGCAUGGCACUUGUGAAAGUCCUACCCCGUAGUUUGGAUACGAGGUUUUAUGAGAUCAUUAAAGUAGUCACGUGAUAACUCCUCCUGCAGGCCAUUAUCUAAUACUUCUCGCAGACAAUUGCAAAUUUAUGAUUUGUCUCACAGCAUGAUGCCAAUAACACAAUUGAGAUUUUGUAUAUAUCAAAUGUGGUGAUAAUAAGUAGAGGUGGAAUGAUUAAACCAUCCCAUCCACCUCCAUUGAUCUGAUGAAUUGUCACUAAUCAGGGUUACGAUUGAAUAAAAAAAACAUGUAUUCUGCUUGAAAUAUAACUUAUGCAGUUAAUACAAUAAUUUAAUCUGCAUAUCAUAGAUAUAUAAGAAAAUUAUACACUUAGAUUUGAGGAUAAUUCAACUAAAACUGAACAAAAUGGAAAUAUUUCAAAUUAUAGAGUAAAAACAAGACGCAAUAAUACGUUCUUGAACUGAAUUGUGACCCUGAAUCAUGAAAAUUAAUCAAAUUACUAGGAAAGUGAAUCACAUGCCAAAUAUCACACGGGAAUAAUCAUGAGUCUUGUAUCCAAUCAUGUAAGCAAUCAAAUCAAGAAUAUUACCGAAAAAUAAAACGUAUCUCAAAUGUAGAAUUUUUGUAUUAUUUCAUAGCCUAUGAAAAAAUCACCCAGGAUAAGCCUGACAUGAGAUCUAGGAAGCUAAACAGAGCUGAACCUGGAUAUUGCUUGAACGGGCGACCACCAAGAAUAUAUGAUGAAUUGUCACAUCUCGGUGGCGAGAUGUUAACUCCUUCGCCUUGUAUGCAGGAGGUCGUGGGUUCGAUCCUGACCCUGACAACUGUAUACAGAUAGUCCCCGAGUUACGAUGGUCCGACUUAAGAUAUUUCGAUCUUACGAUGGCGAUACGACAAAAUUGUAAAAUAUUUUAAAUUUCGCGCUGCAGGCAAACGCAGCAGCGUACGAGGUACGAUGCUGUACGUUGGGACGCUACCGGGAUGUACGCAUCUCCCGCCUUGUGUGGUGCAGACAGGAUUGUUUCCUGAAAAAACGUUCUAUUAAAUUGCAGUUCAUAUAGGUAGGCUAAGAAUUUACCUUGUUUUUUUACUUUACAUUUUACUGUGCAAUAGAGUAUUUUAAUUAAUAAAUACAUACAGCAUAUAGUUUAUAUAGUACGGUACUGUAAAUUGCUGUUUUGCUAAAUUAUCACCAUUCUUUAAGACUCCUGGGUAGGCUAGGCCAUCUUCGACUUACGAUAUUUUUGACUUACGAUGGGGUCGUCGUAACGCAUCUCCGUCGUAAGUAGAGGACUACUUGUAUAUGGCGUUUGUAUGUCUCUCUCUCUGUCAGUCACAGUGGAUUUUUCUCCGUGUCCUCCGUUUUUUUCCUCCACAUUUAAAAACCAACAUGCAUUUGGAAUAUUUGUCUGAUAUAAAUUUCCACAUGAUGAGCCAAUUCAUUUGAGCUAUCAUUUUUCGGCCAGGUCGCUUCUAAAAAUAGAGCAAUAUAGCUCAGUGGGCCUUAACUUGGUAAACAAAAAAAUAACUUUGCAAUUUUAAAUGUAAAAAUUUGCCAUAGGCAAUUGCAGUGUUACCUGGUUGUCAGCAGACGACAUUGCACCCAUACCGUCCUCUGCUUCCAUGUCAAUGCCCCUCGCACUAUGCCAACCCACACUGAUCAGCAGAGCGAAGUAAUGUCAAAUAAUACCCUCCACGACCGACAGACUUAGCAUGAGCAGGCCUUCAUCCAGCCAUAAAUUGACAAAAGGGUUGCACGUAUUUACAUAUAUCUAAUUCAGCUCAAGCCUCCUGCAAAUCACUUCUGUGUGGUCAACCCCCACUCUCAAUACCUCCCGUCUCCCCACCCCGUGUGAAAACAGAGGCGUCGAGGCCCCUAUGAAACAUUUCCUCUUUAUUUUCACAUUUCCUGACCCUUUUGUCCAGUUUUUCCAUUCAUUUCCCAUAAUUUCCCUCUUACUUCCUAUUAUUUAUCUUCUCUCGUCUUUCCCAUCCAUUGUAAUGUUCCCAUUCUGUAUAUCCUUGGCUCUAAUCCUCUUCCCGUGGUGUUACACAGGUAAAACGUUUGCUACUACUGUACAUGUUAUUUUACAGUUUUAUCCUGGGGGCUGCAAUUGUUGCAAUUACAGCGCAAUUUUAAAGGUACAACUGAAAGUGGUAGAGAGAGGUAGCUUUUUCCUGCUAGACUCACAAUGCAGCAGCGUUCCACCCUCACUCAGCUGCUAAAAGCUUUAGCCACAACAUUGAAAGUGCUGUAAUCUCUACUCUGUUUGCAGGGAUAUUCCUGUUAUCGUAAAGUGUUGUGAAAAGGAAUGACAUGUUUGCCAAAAGAGUCGCUACGCUACACCCAGCAGGUGAAUUUAAAGUUCACGACUCAUGCGCGAUAUCACGGUUUAGGUCGGAGAUAAGGGAUUUGUUCUACUGUGAAAAUGCGAAUUGAGAAAAAAAAAUGAUGAAUGAACGUGGCCAACAAGUCGUGUGAUACCACCACACGCUACGGAGGCUUCACUGACAGCAAAGUCUGUCUCAUCAGGUCAAUGGGACACAUUUUAAGAGGAAUGCUGUAUGUCGCAACAGAUUGCUGGGAUUUGCCAAAAUGGUGUGCUGUCACUCUACAGGGUGGUCCAGAUGUAUUGUAAGCCCCCAAUUAAUUGAUCCCUAACAUUGUUCGUUCCUUUGCAUAUCCAUUCAUGUUUAAAAUAACCUUUAAACAAAUAUCGGUAUAUUUGAUUAAAUUUGGGUCACACGACAUUAGGACCGCCCUGUAAAUUUAGAUGUAUGGGCAAAAUGUUCCGAUUUGAAAUGAUACUAUUUAUAUGCCACAUUUUUUAAGUACUUCCACCACCCUCAUCUGUCCACCCAGCAGUAUGAAUGGGUGCGCAGUGAAUCGGCAGGUCGUGUGUGGUUGUGCAACGUGUGUGGGUGUUUGGCCAUCUCAGAAGAGUAGGCCACAAAACCGUCUAGAAGGGGGGCCUCAAGCCUUCUCCUGCUCGCAGUGGUGUGAGACAGCAAUUGAAGGGCUGCACCCAUUUAUAUAAUCACAGAAAAGCACAAGGGUAUCCAUUUACCACACACCCCCUAUCAACUCUGUAGUGUAUUUGUCUUCAGAUUUAAAACGAAUUAGUCCUGGAUCAAUUUUGGCCCUGGUCCAGUUAUCCCAUACGUUCAGAACGUACAUGCUCAAUUGCUGAAUUGUAUAAAAGCAUGAUGAAAAUUUUAAAAAAAUGUAUGAGCCAAUCCUGCAUGUUUACAAACAUUUACAAAACAGUGCCUGUGAUAGAAUAUAUUUAAAGAAAAGUGUUUGGUAAAUCUUCGUGAUGUAAUAUAUUGCAAAAGGUAUACAUGAAAUUGUGCCAGUCCAUACGCAUAUGUAUAUAUGAUAUAAAUGGUCCUUACAAACUUGUGAAUGCGCUAACAUAGUGAAUCAGUAAAUAACACGAAACAUAUACAUAAUGUAUUAAGCUCGAAUUAACUGACGUUUGUAAUCUAUAAGACCGAGUUUCACCAUUUUAUACUUUUCCUACGUUGAAACUGAAGCCUCCUAAGCAAAUAAAAUGAUUCCUUACUUUG